GCCCUUAGUGUCCUCUUUGAGAUCGAACGAUGGCGUCUCACGGUAGCCGAGCGGCUCUACGAUCCGGGCUAGCUCUACGAACUUGUUCCAUCCAUUAUUAAGCUACCCGUUGCGUAUAUCCUGACCUGGACCACCCAGCCCGUUAGACCAAUCGUAAAGCGUUUUGCAGCCCCACUGUUUCCCGUGCAGUUUUUGGGCUGUACUUGUCAUCGGACAUUUAUGUUUCGAGCAUUAUAACAUUAAACUCUUCUUCGUUAAUAACAAUUUGCAGAAUUUUUUCUGUGCCUUGAUCUCAAAAGUUUUCCUUUCUUUUGCGUUUCGAGCCGUACAUUUGCUUGCCCAAUGCGAAAUCUGGAGAUCUUGUACCGGUAGUUUUAACAUGUUCAUCGGUGAUCAUUGUCAAAAGCGGAUUACUUAUGUAUGCAGUGAUGUCCACGAAUAUUAAAGCUCAGAUAGAGAUUAUUCCAUGUAAAGUCUGCGGUGAUAAGUCGUCGGGCGUCCACUAUGGGGUGAUCACCUGCGAGGGCUGCAAGGGAUUCUUUCGCCGCAGCCAGUCCUCCACAGUCAACUACCAAUGCCCUCGAAAUCGGAAUUGCAUCGUUGAUCGCGUGAAUCGGAAUCGUUGCCAGUACUGUCGCCUGCAGAAAUGCAUGAGACUGGGCAUGUCGCGGGAUGCGGUCAAGUUCGGGCGGAUGUCAAAGAAACAACGGGAGAAGGUGGAGGCGGAAGUGACGUUCCAUCGCAUGAACAACAUGCGCACGGCACAAGCUAACGAAGCGUCUCGAAACGGUCAUCCGAUCCCGGACAGUACUUAUGAUAUCAAUCAGCCGACCAGCUCCACGCCGAUAUCCUCUGGAUUUUCCGAGUCGUCUAGCCCGCCACCGUACACUCCCAAUUUCGGUCUACCCAACGGAGUGAUGAGCUCGUACCCGCCGAUGACCUAUCUCUCGGACAUGGCCCCGUAUAUCAGCGAACGUCCCGACAGCACCACCAUCGACCGCCAUCAUUCACCUCCACAGCAGGACAUUGUUGGUAGCAGUACACCGGGACACCUGACGCUGCCUUCGGAAGCGCAUAUGCUUUUCAAUACAGAGCGACUGACACGGGUGGUUUUGGAUGCCCAUCACAAAACCUGUAUGUUCUCCAAUCAGGAAGUUAUCCUGCGCCGCACCGAGUGGGAUGGCAAGGAUAGUCAGGGAUUCAAUACAUUCCAAGAUAUGUCGCGUCUCCAAGUCUGGUUGGAUUGUGCCACGAAACUGACCGACGUACUGCAGCAAAUUAUCGAAUUUGCCAAGUUGCUGCCUGGCUUUAUGAACCUUCGUCAAGAAGAUCAGAUUAUCCUGCUGAAAUCAGGUGGUUUCGAAGUAGCAGUACUGCGCGUCAGUCGUUAUUAUGAUCCGACAGCCAAUAUUGUCCUCUACGGCGACACAUUUGUUCCCAUUGAGAUUUUCCACCACAGUGCUGAGGGCGCAGAGUUCCAGUUUGUUACCAAGAUCUUCGAAUUUGCCAAGUCAAUUAUUGACAUGAACUUAACGGAAUCAGAGCUGGCACUAUUCAGUGCGGCGGUCCUCAUGUCGCCAGAUCGACCAGGUUUACGGGACCUGCCGGAAAUCGACUUCCUUCACAAGCAAAUCAUUGCUGCCUUACGGACGGAACUGUUGCGCACGAAGCGCUUCGAAGAGCAGUCGUAUUACGAGCGGCUGACGUACAAGCUGGAGACACUCCGUGAUCUCAGCAACGAGCAUCUGGUACUGCUGAGCAAUUUCAAGCGGCUCUACACCUCGGCCAUCGACAUCCAGAUCCCGCCGCUGCACCGCGAGCUGUUCCCCUGCGAUCGCGUAGCCUGAACCGCGUGCCGCACGGAUCACGUGACCCCGACAGUUCUCUCGACAUAAAGUUUCUAUACAGAGAAAGUGUUUGCUGUUUGUUCUCCUGAAAUGGAAUUUUAAUUCUGGUCUCUUCUAAUGGAAUGUGGACGGCUGCGACUGGAUGGAUCGACAAAAACGCGGGGGAAAGAAAUUUCUUCAGUUGUUCGUCGCGCUAUCCUUGUCGGCGAAAAGUUAACAGAGAGAUUUUAUCUUCGGAUAGACACACAGAGAGCUUUGUAUACAGUUUGUAGUUAAUUCGUGUAUAUUUAAAUUUUGCCUGUAAUUUACGCGCGGUUUUACUCCCUUUUUCUUUCUCCCCUCGCAUUAACUAAACCUCAUCCGAUUUGAUGCACACUGGUUAUUGUUGCGUUAUCGUUGUGUCGCCGUGGACGCCGGUUCCGGCGCAGCUGUGCGGGGACGAAUGUUUUGUUUGGGACAUUUGGAUCUUCCGUCAUUUUACCUAUGGACAUGACAUUUUUGCACUGCUUUUGGGAUUUUGGACAUAUCUUAUUCGUUAUUGUGUUUCAUCGGACGCUGUCGCAUCGCCAGGUGGUGGAGCAAUUCGCACACUUUGUUUUUCUAUUAUCUGUGUCCUUUUUAAGCGAUUUUAUCAUCUUUAGCGUUUAGAGAGAAGCCAUGUUCUUUUUUGCUUAAUGUCCCGAAUACGCGACUUUCGGUGGCAAUGUUUUUUGAUACCUUGGCGAGAAUGCUGGCUGCUGAAUUUUUCGAAAAACGGCCAGAGAAACAUAUUUUGUUUCUUCCGUUUUCAUUUGAUCUGGCUGGUAUUCUUGCUCCGGUGUAGAGAGCAGAGUUUUUUUUCUUUUGAGAAGUUAAUUUGCUGUAAUAGUCGUCCCCUUUUAUUCGCCUCCUGAUGCUGGUUGAUUCUGGAGAUUUUACUCUGUUAACUCUUUGAUGUUUUCUUGGCUUUGUUUUCUUUUACUAUCUGAAAAGCCUGUGCAAUUGUUGCUUUUGUCUUGAAAAUGCUUCGUGUUUUACUUUCUGUAUAAAAUAAAAUGUAUUCUGAUU